ACAAGAGGGAGAGAAAAAAAGCCUCGUAGUUCAAACCCUGAAUAUAAAAGCCAGUCAGACUGAGAAUGCCCACAAAGCACCGUGGUCCACUGGUGAGAAAGAGCAGCACAAAAGAGAUAACUGUAGAGGAAAGCAACACAGAGGCUGGCUUCAAUAAAUCAGACAUUGUUUGGACAAGACCUGCCGAAAGCCACUUCUGCUUUUCCCUUUAUGACCAUUCUGGUCUCAAGCCUCGCUCUUUAAGUGGAUAUCGAUUUGCUCCCACUGAAACUUGCGAACACUAAUGAGCGUGAGCAGCUCUUCUGCUUAUCGAUCGGAGCGCAGUUUCCACCAGACGUCCUCAUCUUCAUCUUCAUCUUCAUCCUCAUCAACCCCAUACAUGGAGAAAAGCAGGGGGCUGUUUGCUGAGGACUUUGGAUCUUUCAUGUGCCCCAAGGAUUCAUUGGGUUUCCCAAGUCUGACUGGGACACCGGGAAAUGUCAAAACUCUUGGUGACACCUACCAGUUCACGGUAGAUGUCUGUGAUUUCUCUCCAGAGGACGUGAUCGUUACUACCUCCAACAACCAGAUUGAAGUUCGUGCAGAAAAGCUUGCCACAGAUGGCACAAUAAUGAACACCUUUACUCAUAAAUGCCAGCUCCCGGAGGACGUGGACCCCACUUCUGUGACCUCUUCCCUGGGGCCUGAGGGGACGCUCACCAUCAAAGCUCAAAGGCAUCCAGCUAAACUCGAACACGCACAAACAUUUCGCACGGAAAUCAAAAUCUAGACCUUAUUUACAUUCUGGAUUUUUAUUGUGAUUCCUUGUUAAAGUUAUACUAAUUUUCUUUAUACUUAUCCCAACCUUUUUAUUUCCACAUAGCUGUCCAGAGUAAGACUAUAAAUAAACUACCACAUGGAUUUUCCAACUUGAUCUCAUGAGUAACGUGUAAGGAUUUGAACGAACAAAGGCGACAAGGUUGCAAUUGGUUUGAUUUCAUACAAGUAAGAAAGCGAAUGGUCCAAAUUUUCAAGUGUUAAGGUCACUUUGGGAUUUUCUUUGAAGUGAUAAAAUACAUAAGAACAGUUAUGAGGGCUUUUCUUGUAAGUUAUAGGUCACAUCCACAAAUCAGACUUUGUAGAAUGUAACUGUAAAGACUGCACAAGCCUGUGUGUGAAUAAAUGUGUGUAUAUAUAUAAGUCGAUCAAGUCACUACUGUUUGCAAUAAAAAGCACAUCAAGGCUGA